GGGAGGGAAACAGGAAUAAAUUAGGCCAGUUGGUUAUUUGAAUUUGCUUCCGUCACUGAUGAUGACCACAUUUAUUAUAUCAUCAUUUACCAUUUCUAAAAGAAACAGCAUACUAAUGGGAGGUGCUCGAUUUAAUACUUUUACUUCUCUUGAAGUAUUUUAUUCUAAGAACCUGAGGAUGUGAAAACAGAAAAGAUUAGAAGAUAUGAUCGUAUCAGCCGGAGAUCAUGCGGAAGACAUCUUAAAAGGGAUUAGAUAUGGGUCAUUUAAUAUACCUAGAAUGCCCCUGCCUGUGUUUAUAAGUAUAAAAAGCGAAAGUGUAAUCUUUAAAUCUUCACAUAGGGGUGUUGUUAACUCACAUAUUACUUUGUUGCUCUGUCUAAUGCGGAUAUACGAAAGGAAGGCAAAAUGAAGUGGCUUACAGUUAUAUUCGUUUUACUUCUCAGUUUUUUCACUUACGGAGGAAUCAUUCACAGUCACGGUGGAGGAGGGAAAGUUCUUAUUGCACACGAAAUUGGAGAAUUAGGUAGUCACAGCAUUGGUGGUGGACAUGGUGGAUUAAUUUCUGCUCAAGGUGGGGGCCACGGAGGUUUUGGUGGAGGAGCAGAUAUUUUCACAAUACCAGUUAUUAAACACGUCCCAGUAGUCAAUCAUGUUCCUGUUGUCAAAAACGUCAAAGUUGUCAAACAUGUUCCAGUUGUUAAACAUGUCCCAGUGGUUCAGCAUCUCACCGUUAUUACAGGUGGCGGCAGCGGAGGAGGAGGAUACGGUGGCGGCCACGGAGGAUGGUGAUAAACGGGAAAAUAUUAAAUUAAAUGCAGUUUUUAAAAUCAGUGGCUGAUUUUUAAAGUUCGUGUAAAGAGCAUUUAAUUUUUGUAAAUAUAUCUUUAAAGCAUCCAAAUUUGUUUUUAUUUAGACUAUAACUCUAAAACCAAAAUGCUUCUUUUGUGGUUAAUAUGCAUCAUCUUUUCAUAUAAAUGAAAGUAUAUCUUUUAGAUGCGAAAAUCUUUAAGCAGCAUGGGUGCUAAUUCACAGUAGUUCUUCUGUGCUAUAUUUAAUUGUAAACAACAGCAAUUUUUUUUACCAGUUUUAUAAUAGCCACCUUUACUUUUCCUUAAAAUGUAGUCAGGGCGCCAAUGAUAAAUUUUAAAGCUACAAGAACAAAAUUGAAGAAUUGUUUGUGUUUCUCUAACAUAUUUUGUAUGUCGAAUUUUAAACUUAUUCGUUAGAUCUGGAUUUAUGUGAAAGUAAUAAAAAAUGAAACUGGUGUGAUA